CUAUGGUCUUAUGUCAAAAAUCGAAAACAAAUCUCGAAAAUAUGAGAUGUAGAUUUUUAGCUAACGAAAUGAAAUCUUAGGACGUUUUCCAUCCAACUCAGACAUGUCUAAGGAGACUACAAUUGUUUUCAUUUAUGAUACAAAAAAGCUACAAAAUGAGGAGGAUGAUCCAGCCUCAGCAAUUUUAUAUUUUCACCCUACCUGGGUGUCAGAUCAUCAGAAGACUGUAUUAUGCGGGCAGCUGAUAGGAAUAAUACAUUGUAUUCGCAAAGUUUUCAACAUUCCUCAAAUAAUAUCCUUAGAGAGCGGAAAAUUUUAUGUCAACAAUGUAGAAGGCAGAUAUUUAUUGGCUGUUGGAACAGAUAGAAAUGUACCCGAUUGGGUUUUAUUGCACAGGAACAAUCUUUUUAAUUCUCUCAUUUCGUUUUACCAUAAGGACAUCGAGGAAAUAGCUUCAAUAUAUGGAAACUCUGAUGCUUUAUCAGCUAAGAUGUACCACAUGUGUGAAACUUACUUGAAAAUGAUAUCUGUUGGAGGGAACAUAUUUUCAAUAAUACCUUCGAUCAAUCUUCCAAAAGGCGCUUCAAAUGUGUUUAUAGAAACUUUGAAUAUAUUGCAAUAUUGCCAAACUUAUGACUCGGUACUGGGUGGUUUGAUUUUACACCAUAAUAAAGUUGUAGCGACCCAACUAUCACCGUUUUUGACUAAAAUGUUAGUGUUAACUGAUCCCUAUAGAAUUAAGAGCCCAGCAGAAACUGUUACUACAAAUUUCCAUUUACCUAUAGGAGUACAAAUGCUGGAAGUUUACAUCUCUAGAUCAGAAUACAAUGAGUUGAACAGAAAGUCUUCCCAACUUAGAAAAGUUUUCGAGAAUUAUAAGGAUAUUGUUAAGAAAGUUGCAAGUGGAAGCCUCAACUGUCCAGAUGACGUAGUGCCAAAUUUGAAACGAGACUGUUCAUUGCUUUUCACUACUGUCCCAGAAGAAGACAAUGAAAUUUCGCCCAAUAAAAAUGUGGAAGCCACAAUUAUACGUCUGAAAAAACCGUCUAGACCCAAAUUUUUGAAUCUAACCAACAAAAUUUCUGAUAUCAAGGAAGUUACUCAAAGUGGCACAAAAACUCCUUACACUCCAUUUACUGGGAACCCUGGAAGUGUGAUAUCGACUCCAAUGACUGACCUCAAGAAAGUUUUACAUAUUAACACUUACUCUAUAUGUACUGACCCAGAGCCUCCAGAACAAACUGAGCUGGAUAAAGAAAAUGAAGAAAACUUGAAUAAUGAAAAUCGAGAAAGAUCACAUAGUUUAGUUUCUUUGGAUAACGGUACUCAGGAUAUUACGCAGUUUGAGAAGGGUGUUUCAGAUUCAACCGACCACACCAAUGAAACUGAAACAGAAAAAAGUUUGAAUGACGAAAAAAAAACGCAAAACAUUCCCGAAUUGGAUAAACCAGAAAAGAUAACUAAGAAAAGAAGUCUCACAUUACCUUUGAAAUCUCUAAGUGUAGACUCCGGCACCAUGCAAGAUAAGUCGGAUGUAACGAUGUCUGCUUUACUCACUCCGCUGAUGCAAAAAUUGAGCUCUCUAGCCUUCGAUAAGAAAAGUAGCGGUAUUUGCAGCUACACUCCCACUCCUUUAGACUUUAAAGAUGUUGUACCGCUUUUCAAAAAGAGGAACAUCGAGGAAUGUAAAUUGAAGGAUGACCAAUUCGAAACAGCUCCAGUCAAAUGUAUUCUAUUCAUUUGUGGUCAACAAGACACAGUGUUUGGAACAUUGCUUGAAUAUGAUGCCGUCGACAAGGAAAAUUUAGUUUUUUCAUUAUGGGAACUCUGCACCGCUAAGCUUGGAGAGAUAGAAAAGCAACUGCAUCAAAAUAUGGAACCUUAUUCUGGUAACACCAUUCCCGAACAAGAACCUUAUAGUUUCCUAUGCUUGGAUAGUCAAUGGGACACCUUGAAACACGGGGGUCCUUGGGAAACAGGGGAAAUGAAUUCCUUAUCUAAAUUACACAGGGACUUCCAGAACAACAGCAGUAUCACUGAAAUCUUGUGUAAGGGAAAUGACAGUAUUUUAUAUGGGGUACAUACAGGAGACACAGAAAUUUUUUAUCACCAGUCGGAAAGUGCCAACGGGGGCCUCCCAACCCCAUCAGAUUCGAUGGGGCAUGUGCCAAUGAGAGCUAAGCGCAGCCUAGAGAGAGACCAUGCCAUAGUAUUGUUGUAGGUUUAGAGUAAGUCUUCAGAAUGUGUCCGAGUUUUAAAAUUUUAUGUCAAUUUAGUUUGUGAAUUAGUAUUUUUAGGAAAGUUAAUUUUUUGACAAUAUUUAUAUACUUUAAAGAUGAUCAAAGGUUACUUUUUAAAGUGUGUACGCCAAAGAGAAAUUCAAUUGUCCACUAAUAUGUGGAAUAUCUCAUCCUGUAGAUGUAUGUAUAGACUGUGAUUUGAACAUUCCUUUUUAAUAGUUUUAUAUGUAUUAUCUCCGUUAUUUAUCAAAUAUAGUUUUCACAUAGUAA